AUGCUGAUCACAAAGACCUACCACGAUGUGCCCACCAAACUCAGCCCUAAUGGUCGGCCCAUCAGGAUCUUCGUCAUAGCGCCCAAUGUUCCCGGCUACCCCAACGCCAAGUUCCCUGGAGUUGUUGUGUUCAGCGAGAUCUAUCAAGUGACCGGCCCCGUCGAACGUUUCGCCGGUCAGAUCGCCAGCCAGGGUUUCGUCGUCGCCUGUCCGUCGACUUACCACGAAUUCGAAGGCCCCGAGCCUAUCCCCUAUGACGUCGAAGGCACCGACCGCGGAAACAAUAUCGCUGCUCAGAUCGAGAAGGAACUCGCCGCAUACGAUGAGGACGCAACACUCGCCAUAGAUCUCCUUUGCUCCCUCAAGAACUGCAACGGACGUCACGAUCUUAUCGCGCACACAGCUACCGGGAUGUGUCUCGGCGGCCACCUCGCGUUCAGGGCCGCGUUCGACAAGCGCGUCCUCUCCUCUGUCUGCUUCUUCGGGACCGACAUCCACUCCGCGACGCUCGGCAAGGGCAAGAACGACAACUCCCUCGCCCGCGUCCGCAACGGCGACCUCACCGGCAAGGGCGAGCUCGUCAUGAUCUUCGGUAAACAGGACACACACGUUCCUCGCGAAGGGCGGGACCUUAUCAGAAAAACUCUCGAGGACGCCAACGUCACAACCUCGUUCCUUGAGGUCCAAGCACAGCACGCAUUCAUUCGCGACGAAUCAUCCAAAGGCCGCUGGGACGCCGCAUUGACCCGGUCGCUCUUCACCUUCAUGAUGGAGGUCUUUGAGCGUACCAUAGGGCGAGACCUGGGGGAGCGAGUCGACGAUGGAACCAAGAUAGAGCACGUCUGUUAA